UUAGUUGCUACACCGAAAGUUCAGCCAUCUUGAUAAGUAGCUGGCUCGAAUGUGUGCUGGGUGGGAAAACUACUCAGCCCGUUCUGAAAGUUGUCGGCCCCGGGCAGCCAAUCCAGCCUUUAUUUCUAACACCGAUUACAUGAGUCUGUAAGCUGGUCAAAGGAAAAAAGACUACUCACAAUGUGGCUGUAUUUAGUUGCUGUUAUCGUCAUCCUGGCGUCAGUAUGGCUGUGGCAGAGGAUAGACAGUUACCGCGUGUUCGAGAAGAUGGGAAUCAACGGUCCUCCACCAAACCUCAUAUUCGGAAAUUUCAGACAAAUAAUGUCCCAGCCAGUUUGGAUGGCAUACAGAAAGUGGGAACAGCUCUAUGGAAAAACGUUUGGGGUCUUCUUCCUCAAUUCUCCCAGUAUAGUGACCUCAGAUGUCCAUUUUCUGCAAGAAGUCUUUGUCAAACAAUUCAGUAAAUUUCACCAAAGAGAAAUUCCUAAUUCAAUAGACACGGAGGAUGAAAAAACAAACAUGGUUUUCGCGAAAGGAAAACGAUGGAAGCGAUUACGUUUAAUAUCCAACCCGACCUUCUCCUCUCUUAAAAUGAAACAAAUGGCGCCACUGAUCCAGGAGUCGGUGAACAGUUUCAUGGAAGCGAUGGAGAAGCGUUGCCAGGAAGAAAAACCGUUCGAUAUCCACAGUGAAUUCCAAGGCCUCACCCUGGAAGUCAUCGGCUCGUGUGGUUUUGGUAUCGAGCUGAACUCAGUGCGAGAUAACACGUCACCAUUUCUGGCAGCAUGUCGUAAAGUGUUCAGCACGCCACUGGUGAUGAUGUGGCCAAUGUUUAUUGCCGAACUUUUGCCAUCGUUGACCGGUCUAGCCAAGGUGAUGAACAAAUAUCUGACGAGAAAGAAGAUGCGUGACAUAGACGCUCUGGUCAGCGCUGCCGUACAGUCCAGAUUAAAUGAUCCAAAGUGGCCAAUAAACUAAUUGAAAGUGGUUUACAA